AUGUCUAUCCUGAUCAUGGUGUUCAUUUUAUAUCAAAUGCUUCUGGAGUUCGAGAUAAAUAUGCUGUAUAUAAAUUGUGUAUGUGUUUUGAAGGCCUGUUUCGAAAAAAUUGACGAGAAUGUGGCACACUUACAAAAAAUCAUAGUUAAGCCAUGUAUAUCCACGUUAACCUGUCAAAGAAUCUGGCAGAGAAAUCAAUUUUUACUGAUAGAACUCAAAAUCUUGAAAAAGCAACAUCUGGUGAUUAGCGAUACAGUGCAAAUGUUGAACGAAAUCUUCAACUUGCAACUUCUUGCUACUAUAGCCAUAACUUUUUUUGUUAUAACUUUUGAAAUUUAUUGUGACGUAGUGCGUUGGCAAGGUGGGAUAUUAAUUAACUUUGAUAUGCAGUUUAUUUUCGCACUUUUUACGACAGUAGGACAUUACACUAUGAAAAUAACGUGGCUUGUAUGGGCUUGCGAGACUGGUAAAAAUCAAGCCCAAGAGAUAAGCACUACAGUUCAUGGUUUACUUAACAGCACCAAUGAUGAGCAGAUAAAAAAUGAGUUGCAGCUGUUUUCUUUACAAAUAUUGCAUCGCAAAAAUAUAUUUUCGACAAAAGGUCUGACUGUGGAUGCUACGCUUCUCGCAAUAAUAGUGGGUAAUAUUACCACGUACCUAAUAAUCUUAAUACAAUUUUUACACAUGUCUCAUUCUUGCGAUGGAAAGACAGCAAUUAAUAUUACGCAAUCUAAUUAA